CGAAGUCUUCUUUGGAGAAAACCUGAGAACCCAUCAACUCAUUCAAAAGAAGAAUUGCCUUCAAAGUUAGAGAAGGGAGCAGCACCCAGAUUUUCCAGGAGCUCAUUGCAAUGGCAGCCCUGAAGUCCAGUGCAAGCUCCGGUGCCAGCGAACCCCUAAGCAGCUGCGGGCUUGGAUCCCAAGACUGCAGAGACUCACAACUGAGACUUGUCUUAGUGGGAAAGACUGGAGCGGGAAAGAGUGCAACAGGCAACAGCAUCCUUGGAGAGAAAGUGUUUCAUUCCAGCAUCGCAGCAAAAUCUGUCACCAAGGUCUGUAAGAAAGGGAGCAGCAGGUGGCAUGGGAGAGAACUCAUCGUCGUGGAUACGCCUGGCAUUUUCGACACCGAGGUACAGGAUGCUGACACGUGCAGAGAGAUUGCUCACUGCAUCCUCCUGACCUCCCCGGGGCCUCACGCUCUGCUCCUGGUGGUCCCGCUGGGCCGGUACACUCAGGAAGAACGCAAGGCCAUGGAGAAGAUUCUGCAAAUGUUUGGACCCCGAGCUCGGAGGUAUAUGAUUCUCUUAUUCACCCGGAAAGAUGACUUGGAUGGCAUGCAUUUCCAGGACUACUUAAAGGAUGCUUCGGAAGACAUCCAAGAGCUGGUGGACAUGUUCCGGGAUCGCUACUGUGUGUUCAACAAUCGAGCAACAGGAACUGAGCAGGAGGCUCAGAGAAUGCAGCUACUCACCCUGGUCCAGCGCGUGGUGAUGGAGAAUGAAGGAGGAUGUUACACCAAUAAGAUGUUCCAAAAGGCCGAAGAGGAGAUUCAGAAAAAAAUCGAAGUGUUACAAGAAUUUUACAGAGCAGAGCUAGAGAGACAGAGAGUGCAGAUAAGAGAGGAGUUUGGAAAGAAAAUCAGAAUGCUGGAGGAUAAACUGGAGCAGCAGAAACGACAGGAAGAAAUGGAGAUGAAGUUGGCAGAGAGGGAGGCUUUCUACGCUCUAAAGCAGCAGAAUGCCAGAAAUGAAGUGGAGAGUGAAAGUGGGAUAAUUGAAAUCAUCACGAAAGUACUGGAGAUGGCUUUCCAUGUUUUCUUCUACCUAUUUAAGGAAGAUUAAACUGAAUGAAAAGAUCUCCUUAUUCCCUGUGUGUUUCCUGGUGGUCCUGCCCCACCUCUAUCCCCCAACUUGUUCACCAAAGUCAGAGUGCUCCGAGUUGUGUGUCCCAGGCUCUCCCAACUAAAGUGUGUAAUAAAGCUCACUGUCAGCAAUUGGUAGAGGUCUGGUUGACUUAACAGAGGAGGGAUGAAUUCUCAGUUUGUGGAACUCCAAAGCAGAAAGGACUGAUGCCCUCUACCUCGUGAAUUCUUCAAAGAAGAUGACCUCAAACUUUCUCUAUUGCUCCCUCAUAAAAGUUUCUCCUCUACAUCCUUUCUAGAUUGCUGGAUCAUCUCCCUCUGCUGCUUCUACCACUUAUUUUUGCCCUUAGGACAUAGUGAUGAUAACCUUAGCCAUAGGGGUGGUUAGAAAGAUCAGUUCUGUGUGUUGGGUAAUCUAUAGAUGGAGAUACUUAUGGAAUUCUUUCCACAUGAUUGGAAAUAUGUGUUUAAUUAUAUUUUUACAGAAGGACUCAAAUUUUUCCUUACCAUCUGCCCCCUGAAGAACAAUGGGGCAUCUGGAAAAUAGAUCUCUCAGAACUCAACUAAGUAAAAUGCCAGAAAGAGUGGAUGAAAGAGAUUCAACACAUAAGAGAGCAAUGUUCAAACAUCUAUAGCAGCUCUUUGACCAACCUCAAUGCAAAAAUAUUUGCUGAAUAACCACUUUUCCUUGUGAAACCAAUUGUUGCCAUCACAUCUUGAUUGUUUACUGCUUACUUAUUGCUUUGGAGGUCAUCUGCACAUUGCCCACCCCCACCCAGUUGAAUUGUUUGUUUACUGUUACUACAA